AUGAAAGUUAUUGUAGAGUACCUAUUACUAAUCAUUUUAGGUGUGGAAAUCAUUAUAGGGAGUUUAGGAAACGGAUUCAUAAUAUUGGUGAGCAUCAUGAAUUGGGGCAAAAGAAGAAAGAUCUCUACAGUGGAUAAGAUCUUCACUGCUCUGGCUAUCUCCAGACUUGCUUUUAUGUGGUCACUGGUCAUAGUUUUAUUGAUAUAUGAGCUGUAUCCAUCCUUAGGGACAAGUGGAAGAAUUUUGAGAAUAAGUAAUUUUUCCUGGACAGUGGUCAAUCAUUUCAGCAUCUGGCUUGCUACAUGUCUCAGCAUAUUUUAUUUCCUCAAGAUAGCCAGCUUUUCCAAUUCAAUGUUUCUCUUCCUAAAGUGGAGAGCAAAAAAAGUUGUUUCAAUGACACUACUGGUGUCUCUUCUUUUCUUGUUUAUGAAUCUUAAAGUCAUAAAUGCAUAUAUUGCUAUCUGGAUUGAUGGAUAUAAAGCAAAUAUGUCCUACAGUUCUGAUCCAAAUGACUAUGGACAGUUUCCUAGGCUUCUGACACUCACCAACACUAUGUUCACAUUCACACCUUUCAUUGUGUCCCUAACAACUUUACUCUUGCUCAUCUUCUCCCUGUGGAGACAUCUGAAGAACAUGCAGGACAAUAACAAAGGAUACAGAGAUGUCAGCACCACAGCCCACAUAAAGGCCCUGCAAAUGGUGGUCACCUUCCUGUCACUAUAUACUAUUUUCUUUCUGGCACUUGUUAUGCAGUCUUUGAAAAAUGAUAUCCAUUUAAAAAGUUUAUUAAAUUUGAUUUUUGAUGGUGCCGCACUUGGUUUUCCAUCAGGCCACUCCUGUGUCCUAAUUCUGGGAAACACUAAGCUCAGACAGGCUUUUCUGUCCAUGAUGUGGUGGUUAAGGUAA